UAAGGAAAUAUUUUAAAUCUAUGUUUUUAUUUUGACCAACAAAUGAACAAAACUUUCAGGGAACAAAUGCUUCCUAUAUUCUGAAACAGUUGCUUAAUUAUUUAUAAAGUCUAGUUAAUCAAGCAUGGUAUGGGUUUGUUGUCUCCCACGAUGAUAUUGGGGAGGGGACUACGGAUCUUUCUCUGUCCGUCCAUAUGUUUGCUUGUAAGUUAGUAAAACAAGAUAUCUCUGAGAGCACUGGGCUGAUUUUGACAAAGCUUGGGCUAAUGAUUCGUCUUGCCAUACAGAUUUGUCAUUUACAUAAUGACACUAAUUGGCCCAAUAUGGGGGCUAUGGUAAUUAACUGCAAUUUGUUAGUAACACACAAUAAGUCAAUUGGCCCAGGAGGCGGUGCAUCAUUCGUGGGGGACGACAUGUUUAUUGUGGCCUUGUUUUCACAUGGUUGACUUCAGCUUCCUAUUGUUCUGUUUUGAAUUCAAAAGUAUGAUGUUAGUAUGAUGUUUAAUGUGAGGUGAGUAGACUGUUGAGUGUAGUGUUUUACAUCAAGCUGUCUCUUCAUCUUCAAUACACUGAUUGACACAUCUAGCAUUGGGUACUGAAAUGUCAGGUUCCAAAUGAUUGAACUGCAGGGAAAGGUGAACUGAGAGAGGAAGUUCUUCAUGCCAGCCAGUUUGCUCUGUUAAAGCUGCAGUAGGUAAGUCUGUAGAAAGCAGACUUUGCUAGCAAUAGUCCAUCAAGUCAACUGGAAAGUUGCCAAUUUUCAAAGUAGGUGACUGGUGCUAUCUCGACAAAAAACAGACUUUGUUCAGUCACUUUACCAACUUCGUUAUCCUUAAUUUAAAUGUAAUGCAUAAACAGGAACGUUACCAACAAACAAACAUUUAACUGGCUCCAACUUCUGCUCCUCUUGUGCAGCGAUAGACCCUGCCGCAGCUGAACAGGAGGGGAGGGACUCAACUCUCACACUCUCGUUCGCUUUCUGUGCCUUCUGCCUGCAGACAUAACUGUUAAUAAAUCCGAAAUAAUGAAAUUGAUAUAAUUCAUCAUGUAUAUUUAUCUGUUUAAAUCAAAUUAUUUGUGCACAUUAGGUACAUCCCUACCAGGGACACGAUUGUCUGGAAUGAUAUUUCAGAGUGAUUGCAGAGUGAAGGGCAGUCAAAGAAGCUGGAUCUUCUCUCAGAACAUUUUACAUAUUGUUUGCUGACAGUGUGUGAUGACAAUUUCACGAAAUUGUUAAAAAUAACUAUGACCUAAUGCAGCUUUAACAUGAAAGCUUACUUAAAUUAGAGAAUCUUAAUCCAUCUUUGAAACUUAAGCAUGCAAAAGCGUUGUAUGUUAGUAAAAUAAAAUCUUAACCAACUCAUCUUGCUAAGUGAAAAACAUUUUAUAACUAAUGUUGAUUUUAUUACUAAUUAACUGCCCAUUUCAGGGAACAAACGAUACGUAAAUGAUGAAACAGUUGACUUACUGGUCAUCAUUUGUAGUUGAUCGGUAUAUAUGACAUGAUGUUUUUGUAUUCACAUUGUUCACUUUGGCCUGCUAUUGUUUUUGUUUUCACAUGGUGGAUGUUGGCCUGCUCUGCUGAUCCUGUGUAAUGUGUGUUCAGAUAUUUAAAAGCAGAAACUUUGUUUGGAAAGGGUACUUGACACACACACACACACUCAACAUGGCAACCACACUGGAACGUAUAGGUGGUCAAGGAGGCAGUGAAUUUGAAUUCCACGGCAUGAACAACGGUGCCACCCUCAAGAAGAUCGGCGUGGCGGUGGGAGGCUCGCAGGUGAAAGCUGUGCGGGCGGAGCUUACUGACGGGCGCGUUGCGACCUUUGGAGAUGCUAACACUUUCAAUGAGUUUGAGUUCAAACUCGGCGAGCGCAUCACAAAGCUGUCUCUGUGGGGUAACGGCGCCGGCACACGUCUGGGUGCCAUCAAGUUCACGACGAGUGAGAACAGGGAGUUCUUUGAAAAAAUGAACAGCUGGGGACUGAAGACUGAGUACACCAUCAAUGUGGGGUCUGGAAUCUGCCUUGGGCUGGAUGGCAGGUCUGGCUCGGACAUCGACUGCAUGGGCUUCCUCUUCAUCAACAACAUCAAGUCGUCCGUAAUGACUGACAUGAGGUAUCCCACCCUGUCCCUCUUCAAACCCCAGGUGAGCCCAGAAUAUGUGAAAUCUCUGUCUCACCACAACGACACCUCCUUGGUUCAAGAAGAGUCCAUUUCAUACAGCAAGACCCUGACCAAGACUUCCUCCUGGUCUGUCAGCAACAAGAUAGAGUCCACCUUGAGUGUGUCGGUCAAAGCAGGGAUCCCGGAUCUGGUCGAGGUGGCAUCAGGGUUCAGCUUGACCGUGGGAGUGGAGCAUUCCACCAGCUUGGAGAAGACAGAGACCAUAACUGAAUCAGAUACCAUCAACCUGAAGAUCCCGCCAGGGAAGACCAUGGAUGUUGAGAUCACAGUGGGGAGAGCCAAUAUCGACCUCGACUACGAGGCCAACGUGAAAGUCACCUGCAUGAAUGGCAGUCAGCUGGUCUUCCCAUCCAAGGGCGUCUACACCGGUGUGACUUACACUUCAGCGAGGGUAUCCACAAAGGAGAGAUAAUAAGUACAGUGAUAGAAUUAAAUAAUUCUUUGUGUGCCUUUUCUGUUACUAUGAUCAUCUUUGAGUGAUUCUGAUUGAACCCAGUUGACUCAGCUCUUUCUGUUAUUAUGAUCAUCUUUGAGUGAUUAUAAUUGAACCCAGUUGACUCAGGUCUUUCUGUUAAUAUGAUAAACUUUGAGUGAUUCUGAUUGAACCCAGUUGACUCAGCUUUUUAUUUCUGUCUCAGCAGAGGGGAAAACGACAGGAGGGUCAUUCUUACAAUACGGUGCCUUUGUGUCCCAUAACAUGUUAACACAUACACUACAGGUCAAAAGUUUUAGAACACCUACUCAUUCAAGGGUUUUUCUUUAUUUUGACUAUUUUCUACAUUGCAGAAUAAUAGUGAAGACAUCAAAACUAUGAACUAACACAUAUGGAAUCAUGUAGUAACCAAGAAGUGUUUAACAAAUCAAAAUAGAUUUUAGAUUCUUGAAAUAGACACCCUUUUUUCUUGAUGACAGCUUUGCACACUCUUGGCAAUCUCUCAACCAGCUCCAUGAGGUAGUCACCUGGAAUGCAUUUCAAUUAACAGGUGUGCCUUCUUAAAAGUUAAUUUGUGGAAUGGAUUUCCUUCUUAAUGCGUUUGAGCCAAUUAGUUGUGUUGUGACAAGGUAGAGGUGGUAUACAGAAGAUAGCCCUAUUUGGUAAAAGAACAAGUCCAUUUUAUGGAAAGAACAGCUAAAAUAAGAAAAGAGAAACCAAAGUCCAUCAUUACUUUAAGACAUGAAUGUCAGUCAAUCUGGAAAAUUUCAAGAACUUUGAAAGUUUCUUCAAGUGCAGUCGCAUAAACCAUCAAGCGCUAUGAUGAAACUAGCUCUCAUGAGGACCGCCACAGGAAUGGAAGACCCAGAGUUACCUCUGCUGCGGGUCUAAGUUUAUUAGAGUUACCAGCCUCAGAAAUUGCAGCCCAAAUAAAUGCUUCACAGAGUUCAAGUAAAAGACAUAUCUCAACAUCAACUUUUCAUAGGAGACUGUGUGAAUCAGGCCUUCAGGGUCGAAAGAACCCCCUACUAAAAGACACCAAUAAGAAGAAGAGACUUGCUUGGGCCAAGAAAUCUGAUCAAUGGACAUUAGACUGGUGGAAAUGUGUAAUUUGGGCUGGAGUCCAAAUUGGAGGUUUUGGAUCCAACCGCUGCGUCCAACCGCUGCGUCCAACCGCCGCAUUGUGGACAAACGGAUGAGCUCUGCAUGUGUAUUUCCCACCGUGAAACAUGGAGGAGGAGGUGUGAUGGUGUGGGGGUGCUUUGCUGGUGACACUGUCUGUGAUUUAUUUAGAAUUCAUGGCACAAUUAACCAGCAUGGCUAUCACAGCAUUCUGCAGCGAUACACCAUCCUUUCUGGUUUGAGCUUAGUGGCACUAUCAUUUGUUUUUCAACAGGACAAUGACCCAAUACACCUCCAGGCUGUGUAAGGGCUAUUUCACCAAGAAGAAGAGUCCACAAUCCCCUGACCUCAACCAUUUGGUUCCAUAUGUGUUACUUCAUAGUGUUGGUGUCUUCACUAUUAUUCUACAAUGCAGAAAAUAGUAAAAAUACAGAAAAACCCUUGAAUGAGUAGGUAUUCUAAAACUUUUGACCGGUAGUGUAUUUUGUGUGAAUUAUUGAACCACAUUCAUUGAAAAAUGUUUUAAUAUAUGGUUAGACACAAAUUUACCAUAGAAAAAUAAUGUUAUGUAACUAUAGCUUAAUUUCAUGAAUAAUAAACCAUUUGUCUUUUGUUUCA